AGUAUAUACACACUGUGUAUAAUGUCUAUACACUGCAGUUGGAGAGGCAGUUUGAGCAGGCUCUGAAGAAGAGUCGGGGAAUGGUCAUCCACAGAAUGAAACCUGACGGAGCCUGUCUCUUUAGAGCUGUCGCUGACCAGGUGUAUGGUGACCAGGACAUGCACUCAGUGGUCCGCAACCACACCAUGGACUACAUGCUGAAGAAUGCCGACUACUUCUCUCAGUAUGUGACGGAGGAUUUCGAGCAGUACGUCAACCGGAAGCGCAAUGACCACAGCUAUGGCAAUAACCUUGAGAUGCAGGCCAUGGCUGAGAUGUACAACAGGACCAUUGAAGUCCACCAGUAUAGCAUCGAUCCAAUCAACAUCUUCUUUGGGAUGUACAAGCCGGACAAUGCUCCCAUAAGACUCAGCUACCACUACGGUGUCCACUACAACAGUGUUGUUGAUCCAUACUCCGCCACGGUUGGGGUGGGCCUGGGAUUGGCCGGUCAUAAACCUGGGCUGGCAGACAAGAUGUUGAUGAAGGAUGCUAUGAAGCAUUCUGAGAAUUUCCACCUGGAGCAGGCCCUCCUGCAGGACCAUCUCCAGCUCUCUGACAGGGACACCACCUACGAGGCUCUGGAGGAGGCCGUCGCACGAGAAUCAUACCUCACCUGGCUCCGCGAGCAGGAGAUGAGAACUCGCUCCGGGCAACAUGGACUGGAGUCAACUUCAGCAGCCUGUGUGAGUGGCAGUGUGGCAAUGACCCACCACCCCCUACCUCCUCCCCUCAACACCCUCUCCUCCUCCCCUCCUCACCCCUCACACCUCCCCGAGUCCUCUGCCCGCCACCUCUACACCCUCUCCCCCUCCUCCCCACUCCCUCACUCUUCCACAUCCACCCCUCCCCCAUCCUCCUCCUCCAAGCAAAAAUUUGCGACCGGGAAAUCAACCGAUAACAAGCUGCACACUAAAACCACCAGUGCCACUCUCCACACUAGUUCAUCUGAGUCAAAGCUGAGCUCCUUGAAGAGUGUGUUGAGACAGGCACCCCCGCAGCGAAACUCCGCCUCCUCAUCAAGCCUACACGGUCUUCGGGUGUACAACCGCUGGGCGUCGGCCGUCCCACGCCGCUCGGCUUCGCUGGGUAGCCACCAACACGGCUCUGCACGUACGUCCCCCUACAAUUCCCCCCGUACCUCCCCUCACGGGUCCAGACGAGGGUCGCGUCACUGUUCCCCCUACACCUCCCCCUAUCACUCCCCACGGAACUCCAUCCAUGGCUCUCCUCCACUGGCAUCAACCUGUAGUAGCCCUACCACCACUGUGGACGACCCUGUGUUUAAGUAUCACUCUCCCAAACCCGUCGCUACUUCGUCUUCUGCUGCGGGUGUGGUCGCGGGGGCCAAACCCCUUGCCCCUGGUAUUAACAGGAAUAUUGGGAGGGGUGGGGACUUGCCUGCAACCAAGAGCAAGAGUGUUCGGUCCUCACUACCGGCCAAGACACACCCUUCACCUCCUCCCCCCUCACACCCCUCCUCCUCCUCGGCCCAGGUCUCGGGGCCAGCCUAUGCCCCUGAUUUUGAGUCUGGACGAGUCCUGGACCAGCUCCCGUUUGAAUACAGCUCCUUCCUUGAUCUCCCUCUCUCUGCUUUCGGUCUGAGUGAGUGGGAGGAUGACAGAGUACUGGCCGCGGUCCUGGCCGCAUCUCAACAGGAGUAUCUCCAGGGACUCAAACAGAACUCCAGAGGUGGCGCCGAGAGUUUGUAAAUAUCGGACUGUUUUUUGGUUUGUAGUUGAGUCAGACAGCAAGGUGUAGCAGGGCGGGGCACGUACGUACUGAUUGAGUCACAGAGUGUUGUAUUGUAGCAUGUAUCAUGACAUUAUUUAUGAAUCUCAUGUCCCCUCCCUCACCGUUGAUUGUACACUGUGUGAUUGUAAUAAUUGUAUAUAGACUUA